AUGUCUAAUAUUCAAACUGGCGCCGAGCGUAUGCCGCAUGACCUUUCCCAUCUUGGCUUCCUUGCUGGUCAGAUUGGUCGUCUUAUUACCAUUUCAACUACUCCGGUUAUCGCUGGCGACUCCUUCGAGAUGGACGCCGUUGGCGCUCUCCGUCUUUCUCCAUUGCGUC